UGGAGAAACCCAGUUCAUAAUUCCUGAUCAUAAAUCAUUAAGCAGCAAUAAGGGGUUCACAAAAAACACACUCACCAACCCUAAUCUCUCAAUCUUCACUAUCACUACAAUUGUCUUCUCUCUAUGUAAACUGUUCAUCAAUCUCUAAUUAAGCCUCAAAUGCGUCUCCUGUAACCGUUUCUUUCUUCUCUGACCCCAACUCCUUGCGUAAUUAUUUCUGCUACCGUUUUGAAGGAAUAGUUUUUGUUUAAAAUCUGUGUGGCUUUUUCUCGUUGGAGGAUUCCUCGCCUAAAUGCUGAUAUUUUUGUUGUUUGGACCUUGUUUAGUUGUUUUGCAUUUAUCCUAAUGUGUAAAUUUUGGAUUUUUUAUCUUGUGCCGAAUUUAAUUUUGUCUCGAUUUGAAGCUCAAGGUUUGUAAUUGUGUGAAUAAAUUACUUGUUAAUAUUUUUGCUUUGUUAUAAAGAUUGCUUUUUUGGGGUUUUAGUAGAAAUACCGGUUUAUGGGGCCAGGAAGGUUUGUUGAUGAUAGCAUUUCUGGAGCAAUUUUAGUGAGUUUUGAUUAUAUUUUCAUCAAAAGUUGAGAUUUUUAGGCGUUAGGCUUAGAGUGAUACGAGAUUUGAUUUUAACUGAUAUGUAGCAGGAGAUAGAAUCAGUUUCUGGAGUUGAUAUAUUAUCAUUUUUUAAGUAUGUCAUUCAAGAGUAUACUUCAGGAUAUGAAGGGUGAAUUUGGGAGCAUCUCUAGAAAGGGUUUUGAAGGGAGGUUUGGGAGGUCUAGGUCUCACCGGGUAGUUGAGGAGUCUAUGGUGACUGAUGUGGAUGCUAUGAGGCAGAGCUGCUGGGCGAAUAUGCCGCCAGAGCUCUUGAGGGAUGUGCUUAUGCGCAUUGAGGAAUCAGACUGUGAUUGGCCCUCGAGGCAGAAUGUUGUUGCUUGUUCUGGUGUUUGUAGGAGCUGGAGAGAAAUCAUGAAGGAUAUUGUUAGAAACUUGGAAGUGUCUGGAAAGAUUACCUUUCCCAUUUCUGUGAAGCAGCCUGGUCCAAGAAACAUCCUAGUUCAGUGUUUCAUUAAGCGGAACCGAAGCUCUCAAACAUAUCACCUAUACCUUAAUUAUACUCAAGCUUCUAAUGAUAACGGGAAGUUUCUUCUUGCUGCUCGAAGAUGUCGACGACCAACUUACACUGACUACAUAAUAUCUCUGAAUGCUGGAGAUGUAUCUAAGACCAGCAGCAAUAACAUUGGAAAGUUGAGGUCUAAUUUUUUGGGAACCAAGUUUACAAUCUUUGAUGCUCAGCCCCCAAAUGCUGGAGCUAAAGUUACUAAGUCUCGUUCAACAAGGUUAGUCGGAAUGAGACAAAUCUCUCCUAGGGUCCCUGCUGGCAACUUUCCGGUGGCCCAUAUUUCAUACGAGUUGAAUGUCUUGGGUUCAAGGGGACCGAGGCGGAUGCAAUGCGUGAUGGAUGCUAUUCCAGUUGCUGCAAUCGAACCAGGUGGUAUUGCUCCAACGCAAACGGCUUUCAUACCAGGAAACUUCGAUUCGUUUCCCUCCCUCUCCUUUUUCAGGUCAAAAUCGACGCGCUCAGAUAGCUUCCAAUCCGGACCCCUCUCAACGCCCAAAGACGAAAUGCUUGUAUUAAAAAACAAGACUCCUAGAUGGCAUGACCAACUCCAAUGCUGGUGCCUCAACUUCAAUGGGCGUGUCACAGUCGCCUCAGUCAAGAACUUCCAGCUCGUUGCAUCUCUCGAGAAUGGAGCUGGCGGGCAAGAGCAGCAGCAUGAGAAUGUUAUCCUCCAAUUUGGGAAGGUUGGGAAGGACAUCUUCACCAUGGACUACCAGUACCCAAUCUCCGCUUUCCAGGCGUUUGCCAUCUGCCUCAGCAGCUUCGACACCAAGAUCGCGUGUGAAUGAUGAAUCAGGUGUGAGUUUGCUUGUGUUUUGACUUAACAAAGGAUGUAUGAAAUGUGACCACAUUGAAAAAUGUAUGAAUCGUUCCUUAUUUAGCAGAAAAAGAAAAAGAAAUAUUUGUUGUUUGCA